UGAUGACCGGGAUCAAAAUGAGCUGCGUAGCUGAUAAAGGAGCCAUCCAGUCCCAGGUCCUGUCCCAGACCAGCUGCCCUGCCUGACAAACAUGUUCUCCUCCAAGUUCCUAUGAAACCCUCUGGCCUCUCCCACACAGCCUAGUCCAGGCAAUAAAAUCCUGAGCCUCGUCUAGACAUCGGCCUGAAGAUUCCAGGUGAACAUGGGGCGCCGCCAGAGAGACGCAGUCUUCAUUGGCCUCCUGGGAGCCACAAUAGUAUCAGGAGUCAUUGCCCUCAUCCUCUUUCUUGUGGAUGGCUCAGAUGUCUUUGGGCUUCCACAUGCCAAGUAUGGGAUGGUGUUCGAUGCUGGAUCUUCACACACAUCUCUCUAUGUCUACAAGUGGCCAGGAGACAAAAAGAAUGGCACUGGCAUCGUGAGCCAGGCUCUGUCCUGCAACGUGGAAGGGCCUGGGAUUUCUCAUUACGCCAAUGACCCAGCGAAGGCUGGGGAGAGCCUGAAGGCUUGUAUGGAGAAGGCGCUGGCCCUGAUUCCAGGAGACAAGCAUCAGGAGACUCCUACUUUUCUUGGGGCUACAGCAGGAAUGAGGCUUCUGAGAUUGAAGAAUAGUUCCCAGGCAGAUUGGAUCUUUGAAGAAAUCACCGAGGUCCUGAGCCAGUUCCCUGUCAAUUUCCAGGGAGCCCAAAUUCUGACAGGGAAUGAUGAAGGCUCCUUUGGCUGGAUCACCAUUAACUACGUGCUGGAGACCCUGGUGAAGUACACCUUCUCAGGGGAGUGGAUCCAACCCCCUAUGGCUGAGAUGGUGGGAGCCCUAGACCUAGGUGGAGCUUCAGCACAGAUCUCCUUCCUUCCACCUGGCCCUAUUGUUGACCUAAGCACCAAGGACACCUUCCGCCUCUAUGGGCAUGACUACAAUGUCUACUCACAUAGCUACCUGUGCUAUGGACAGAACCAGUUGCAGAAACGGCUCCUGGCACUUUUGGUGCAGACCAACCCUUCUGAAGUGGUCCGGAACCCAUGCUACCAUAGUGGAUAUGAGGAUACACUGUCUCUGGCUGACCUAUAUAACACGCCUUGUAUCCAGAACUCCCAGUACUCUCAUACUGCACAGAUCCUCAGGGUGGAGGGCUUAGGAAACCCAGAAGCUUGUUAUGCUGCUGUCUAUAGUCUCUUCAACUUCUCUGCCUGUCAGGGCCAGGAAGACUGUACCUUUGAUGGCAUCUACCAGCCUCAGAAGCAUGGCCAGUUCUAUGCAUUUUCUGGAUUCUAUUACACUUUCCACUUCUUGAACCUCACAGGCGGCCAGUCGUUGCACACUGUGAAUACAACCAUUUGGGAAUUCUGCCAAAAGCCCUGGAAACAGGUGGAGGCCAGCUACCCUGAGGAGAAACAAUGGCUACACAGCUACUGUACUAAUGCCAUCCAUAUCCUCAUCCUCCUGACCAAUGGUUACAAGUUUGAUGAUGGAACCUGGAGCAACAUCCACUUUACCAAAGAGGUUGCAGGCACAGACAUUGGCUGGACCCUGGGCUACAUGCUGAAUGUGACCAACAUGAUCCCGAGUGAGGCACUGGUCCUUCAGCGGGCAGAAAGUCAUAGUGUCUGGGUUGCUGGUGUCUUCUUUCUUGUCCUGGCCAUCGUAAUGAGCAUCGGGACUGGCGUCACCUACUGUUUUUGGAGUCCUGACUAGGCCUCAGACUUAAGUCACUGUGAUGAGCAUCCUCGGGGUGGAGCAAGAAGAGCUUGAUUCUGAGCUUCUGAUAAACUGAAGACUGGUUCAUUUAACUCCUGGGGGAACCCACUCCAUCCCAGCCUAGGGACCUCAAAGAGUAUGGCACGGAACUUCUGUCUCUGACAGGCUUUUGAGGCUUUUUAGGCAUCCUGACCAUUGUGUUAUAUGUAUGUUUUCUGUGGGUAACUCUAGGCCUCAGCCAUCUCUCUGGAAGGGACUGGGCUUGGAGUGAUAGUAUUUGGGUAUGAGUUGAGGGAAAGCAUGGAAGUCUAGGGGCUGAAGUUGGGGUAUGGAAGUGUGAUUGUUGGGAGGGAGAGACCUGGGAUGAGGAGAAACAGCAAGCUAUCAUGAACAAAGAACUUGAUUGCAGGUUCAGGAGGCCUAAGUCCUAGUGCCGCUUCUGCAAUCAGCCAAUUGCAUGACCAGGGUAAGUCAUUUCCUCUUUUGCAGCCUCAGUUUUUUCAUCUAUUAAAUGAGGUUGGACUAGAUGAUUGAUUAUUGAGAUCUCUUCCAGUCCUGUAAUUAUGUGGAAAAUGACAGAAUGAUUGAGGGAGCUCUGAUGUUCCAGAAGGGAAUUUGGGGACGGCCCAAGGAUGAUAGCGAAGCAUCCCUGGAAUAUGCACUUGUGCUUUUAUCAAAGGGGGGCUCCAGCCACCAAAGAGAAGCAGGAGGAACGACUUCUCAAUAGUAGCCACACGCCAGGGUUCAACUCUGGCUUCGCUCUCACCCUGGAGCAGUCCUAGCCAAAGAGUUCCUUGCCAAGGAUUUUUGUACUUGGUCCUCUCCCCCAUCCUGAUCUGGUUGAUCUUGUCCUAUAGAACUUGCUCAUUCUCCUUCCCGCUCAGUUCGCCCUGCCCCACGUCCUCAGAUCCCAGCCUCUUGACUCUAGCAGCCAUUCUACAUAGUUGUACGUUGUACUCAAUACAGUGCCUGGCACAGAGUGGGUGCUUAGUAAAUGCUUGUUGACUGACUUAGGGACCCUGCUGAUCCCUCAAACCUUCAAAUCUGAGCCGCUUCAUUCUGGCUGCUGUCCCAGGACACAGAUCUCACCUAUGGUCCAAAGCCUAAGCCUCUAACCCUGAUGGGUAUCCCAGGGAUGCGCCCACCCCCCACCUCCGUUUCUUUGGAUGGCUCAAAGUUUUGGGAAACGUGCUGUUACUUUUAUUAAAAUUCCAUUUGUUGGUUUCUAGA